UUACAUACAGGCUCUAUAUAUACAAUCAUUUGCUCUCUUUUAUUCUCAGUCCCCUAACUAACAGUCUCUUUCAUUCCCCCUUUCCUACAUUAUUUAAUCUCAUUUAUGCACAUACAAUCUCACAAGAAACUUGCAUUUACACAAGUUUUUCUUUUUCCUAUGACUUUAGCAAAAGUAUGAAUUUUGUUGUAAAUAUCAAGACCCCAUUUUGGGUUAUGUCUUAAAGAUUCAAUCUUUGGCUUGUUUGGUUUCGAUUUGCUGUGAUUAUCAAAACCCCAUUUGUGUUAUGGCCUAAAGAUUCAAUCUUUGGCUUGUUUGGGUUUGGUAUGCUGUGAUUAUCAAAUCUCCAUUUCGGGUCGUGGCUUAAAGAUUGAAUCUUUGGCUUGGUUGUUUUGAUUUGUUGUGAUCAAAAUUGAUAUCAAGAAGUAUUAGCCAUGCCAUUUCCAUGGAAGAAAACAAAGGGAUCAAGAAUCUCUCGGUUUGCUGAUCAGUUUAAUACAUCGAAACAUGGGGGUUCUCUUGUUGUUCAGACUGGAUUUCCUACUUCAAUUAUUGAUCUCUUUCAUAAAAAUCGAGAUCGUUUAAAGAAGUCUGCCAAGAAAAAGCGAUCUUCUGGCUUUGACUCGGUAAGUUAUGGUAAUUCAGAUUCACAGUUAGGAAAUCCAGAGAGGUGUGCAAUAAAUUCGGAAGUUGAAUUACUAAAUAUGGAUGUGGGAAUGGUAAAUUCUGAUAGGUGUUUGACGAAUCGAACGGAGGAUGAUCUGGUCAACGGCAAAGAAAGAGGUGGUGAGGUUGUUGAUAAUAGGGGUAAUAUUUUUAUUGUUAUCUUGAAGGUUUUACUUAUGGUAAUUCUUGCUUUGGUGACAAGAAGGUUGGUGGUAGGGGUCAGUGUGUCUGCAUUUUCCUUGUUUUUACUUGAGUAUGUGGGGAAUUAUGUGUAUGGAUUGUCGAAAUUGUGUUCGGAUUAUAGAAAAAUGCUGAAAGUGAUUGUUGCAAAAGUUUUAUGUUUUGUUAGGAUUAAAGGGGGUGCUGCUUCGAUUUGUCAUGAUUCAGUUAAAGACAUUAACUUGAAUGUUCAAAGUGUGGAGAUAGAGGCUGAUUUGGGUGAUGUGAUUGAGCCAGUUGUAUCUUUGGAUUCUGACAAAGGAUUAGAAUUUGAGAGAAUGGAAUUAAAGAUCAUAGAUAUAAUGAAAGAAGAUGAACCUAAACAAGAGGGUUCUCGGAAGGCUAGGCUGAAAACAAAGAUGAGGAAACUUGUUCGGAAAAAAUUGUGCAAGUCCAGGAGAAAAGGGUCUGGUUUGGAAAGUGUGGUGCCAGGUUUUGGAAGUGAAGUACCGGAGUCAAUGGAAGAAGAUACUUGUAUUGGAAAAGAUGGAAGCAAUGAGCUUAGGGAAAUUGAAGGCCAGGGAGAACUAAAUGAAGAUGAAGUUAACAUUUCACAGAUUAGUUUGGAUCCUUGUGAUCUGAUUCUGAGUAAGGACAGUUUUGUGGAAGAAUCAGGCAGAGAAACGUUAUGGAUUUCAAAAUAUUGGGUAUUUUGUCUGAUUAUUCUUUCUGGGCUUGUUGGAGGUCGGAUUUUUGCAAUUGUCUUUACGUUAGCAUGGUGCUUGAUUUUGAAACCACUGGGAAACAAAGGAGAUGCACAACCCUCGUUGCGAUCCUCUGGUAAAAAUUGUGCUUAGAUUUUGGAUGCUUUUGUUAAAGGCACUCCCUUUUUAAUUCAAUCAAUGUAGUCGUUUCUCUGUGAUUAGUGAAUGUUCAAAUUGUGUUCUGGAUCCCACGAUCAUAGAGGGAUCAACCUGGUUGGAAGUCCAGCCUUAGGUGUUGUAUUCUGCACUGUAAAAAUCUACAAACUGAAGAUAAUUCAAUGAUACCUUUUCUUUUUUUUCCUUUUAU